CACCUAAUGAUUGGCAUUCCUGUGCACAGUAUGCUUUGGCCAUAUGGAAUUCAGAAGAACCAACAUUAUAUGUUUCUCACAAUGCACAUAGUCGUUUUGAUGCUGAAGCAUCAGGUUGGGGAUUUCAACAGUUUUGCGAACAGCGUAAUUUAUUUGUUCCAAUGAAAAACAGAAAUCGUCCUCUAAUCGAAAAUGAUUCAUGUAAUAUCACUGCUUUCGUUCGUAUUACUAAGGACCAAACUGGCUAUCUUUGGCAUACUUUUAAAAAUUAUGACUCAAAAAAAGAAACUGGUUGUAUUAUCCUAAAGAAUGAGGGAACAACUGGUUAUAUGAAUGCUACGUUACAAUUGUUAUUCAACUUGACCUGUUUUCGUAAGGCAGUGUACCAAAUUCCUAUGGAUUGUGACAAAUCAGAUAAAAGCGUUCCGUUUGCACUACAAAAUAUUUUCUAUCAAAUGCAAACAUCAAAUACUACAGUUAGAACAACGGAAUUAAUGAAAUCUUUUGGAUGGGAUUCAAUAAACUCUUUUAUGCAGCACGAUGCCCAUGAGUUUAACAGAGUAUUACUAAAUAAUUUAGAAAAUAAAAUUAAA